UUCUCCCCCCACUCCACUCCAUUCCAUUCCAUUUUGCCAUAUUCAUGUAAACACCCCCCUCUUUCGCAUUUGUGAGAGAAGAGCCCCCAUUUUAGAGAGAGAUAAAUAGAUACAUAGAUAGAGAGAGAGAGAGAGAGAGAGAGAGAGAGAGAGAAGGGGAUCAAAAUGGGGAGGGGGAGAACAGAGAUAAAGAGGAUAGAGAACCCAACGCAGAGGCAAUCAACUUUCUAUAAAAGAAGGGAUGGGCUGUUCAAGAAGGCCAGGGAGCUCUCCAUCCUCUGCGACGCAGACCUGCUGCUCCUCCUCUUUUCCUCUUCAGGAAAGCUCUACCAUUUCCACGCCCCCUCUGUCCCCAGUGUUAAGGAUUUUAUCGAGAGGUAUGAGAUGGCCACCAAUACUAAGAUUUGGAAAGAUUACCAUUUGGAGAGGGAUGCAGAGAUCGAGAAGGUUCAGAACUUGUGUGAACUAAUGGAGAAAGAACUAAGAUUCAUGAAGGUUGAUGACAGAGAGCACUACACACUGCCCACUCUGGACAUGUUGGAGCACAACCUGGAAGCAGCCAUCAGCAAGGUUAGAUCAGAGAAGGAGAGAAAGAUGGGAGGCGAAAUCAAUUUCCUCGAAAAUAUGGUCAGAGAUAAGCAAGAAGAAAGAUUCGGUUUAUCUGAGAAGCUAGCUCAGGUGCAGACGCUUAAGAACAUGGGAGGAGGAUCAACCUCAUUCAGCCAUGGAUUAGACCUUAAAUUAGGGUUUAAUUGAGCAUGGAUGCUGCAUUGAGACAUGGUCAAGAGAUCAAUCAAUGCUUGAAGCCUAAUUACAUCUUAGUGGAUUACUUAUUAGGGUUUGUAGAAAUUCUCUAGUUGUUUAAUAUAAUAUGUGAUGAAAGGAAAUAUUCUGUACCUGGAGUACCUUCUUUUGUAAACAUCCUUUUGAAAAUUAA